UUUGAGCCACAGAGUCUGUUUGUGAAUGACGUAACGAGCGUAAAGCAAGAUGGCGACGACUUAACCGUGUAUCGGGGUGAACUAGUUUAUCGACGUCGUUGUCUGCCUCUCCUGAGGCUUUAGCGUUGUCUCACGGCUGUUCCGGACAACAACAAUCCUCACGGUUAGAUAAAGGUGUCCACAGAAUAGCCUGCGGGCCUUGUCUUCUUUUUCCCCCCUCGCGACCCUCCGGUGACAGCCGGGGAGGCGAGGUGCGAACGGACGGGAUGGACAGCGGAGAGUACAUCUCCACCAUGGAGAACAUGGACCCGACGCUAGCGGAAUUAGGGGACGAAUUCACCUUGGGAGACAUCGACGAGAUGCUGCAGUUUGUCAGCAACCAGGUGGGGGACUUCCCGGACCUGUUUGAGGAUCAGAUGACCCCAGCGGGCCCCGUGCAGAGCGCCAGCGCUGCUCCGCGCCCCGCCAUCCAGACCCCUCCGACUCCUCCGACCCCCAAGACGCCAGCCCCCGCCGUCUACCAGGGCUCUGUCGUCGGCCUCAUCGGCGCCCAGACACUGUCUCCCGUGUCCAUGCCGCUCACCCCUCCCCUCACCCCCGCACAGACUCCCUCCCCCGUGAGCGUCACCACGGUGCAGCAACUGGUGACCCGCAGCCCUCCGCUCCUCCAGCCGCGGCCUCAGGUGGUCCAACACACGGCCCAGCCCACCAUCCAGAUGCACACCCAGGGGAUCGCCAUGCAGACCCAAAGCUUUCCGGUGCACACCCUGGUUCAGACCCACAGCCAGACGGGCCUGCCCAUCCAGACCCAAGCCCAAACGGUGAUGAUCGCCUCCAACGGCGGACAGUCCCGUUUCAUCCAGAGCCCCGUCAUCUGCCACCAGAGCCCCGGUUCUAGCUUCCAAGUCCUCCAACCACACAUGCAGAGCAUUAUGACGUCACCGCAGCUGCAGCCAAUGACCAUUCAACACCAGCGUGUUCUGACCCCAACCUGUCAGACCAUCCAGACCCUCUCUGCAGCGCCGACCACAGUCCACACCAUGCAGCAGCAGAUGCAGCAGAUGCAGCAAGUUCCUGGGGCAUCUUUCCAUCAGGUUCUUGUCCAGCAGCCUCAGAUUCUGAAGACCGAUUCGCUGGUUCUCGCGACACUGAAACCAGACGGCACGCAGGUUCUGUCCACCAUGCAGAGCCCCACAGGGAUCACCCACCUGACUACGCCCAUGCAAAACACAGCUCUGCAAGUCCCGACGCUGAUGAGCGGCAACAUCCUGACCACCGUCCCCAUGAUGAUGGGAGGAGGAGACAAACUGCCCAUCAAGCAGCUGCAGCCGGGCUCCUCUCACUGCACUAAUAUGGUCAGAUCAAGCAUGGAUCAGGGCCAGAUGAUGGGAGGAGUAAUGGGCCCGGGAGGAGUGGUGAAGGAGGGCGAGAGGAGGACGACGCACAACAUCAUCGAGAAGAGGUAUCGCUCCUCCAUCAACGACAAGAUCGUGGAGCUCAGGGACCUGGUCAUGGGCAAUGAUGCGAAGGUUAGCCCACCGAUGCACAAGUCAGGAGUGCUGAAGAAGGCCAUCGACUACAUCAAAUACCUGCAGCAAGUCAACAACAAGCUACGGCAGGAGAACUUGGCCCUUAAGAUGGGCAACCAGAAGAACAAGACAGUGAUUCUGUCUGAAGAGGUGGACAUGAAAGAGGAAGUAGUGAUGAUGUCUCCUCCGGCCUCGGACUCUGGUUCUGGUUCCCCUCAACAGUUCUCUCCCUACUGUGUGGACUCAGAGCCAGGCAGCCCCUUGCUGGAUCACGAGCAGAUGAAGAUUGAGCCAGACUCUCCCUCCUCGGUCGGAGUGAUGGAUCGCUCUCGACUGCUUCUCUGCGCCCUGACCUUCUUCUGCCUGUCCCUGAACCCGCUGCCAUCUUUGUUGGGCUCCGAGGCCUCAGGGAGCCCCAGCCUAGCCGCGGGCCACGGGCCGUCUAGAACGCUCGUCUGGUUCCCGACUCACACGCAGGACUUCGCUUCCUGGCUGCGGUGCCUGCUGCCGUGGGUGAUGGUGUGGGUGCUGAGCGGGGUGGGAGCGGUCUGGGGUUGUGUCAGGGUGCUCUACCUGUGGGAGCCCGUCACGCCCCUUCACUCGCCGAAAUCUGUGUCCUUCUGGAGGCAUCGCAAACAAGCCGACCUGCACCUCAACAGGGGCGAUUACACGGCGGCAAUGGCCAGUUUAGAGACCUGCUUGUCCGUCUUGACCCGAUUGCUUCCCUCAACCACUCUGGACCUGGUCUGCUCGCUGUCCUGGAAUCUCAUUCGCUACAUCUUGCAUCGUCCCACUCCUCUGGGUUGGCUGGUUCAUCAGGUUAGGGGGAAGCACGAGGGGGAGGAGGCUAGGACUAGCGCCAAGGAUGCAGCAUUGGUUUACCACCGGCUGAGCCAGCUGCAGCUCACAGGGAAGCUGCCUCAGCGUAGCAGCCUGUGGGCUUUAUCCGUGUCUCUGAGCGCUGUCAACCUCAGCCAGAGCGCCCAAGGCAAGAUGGCCCCCGCCCAGCUCACCCAGAUCUACGUCACUGCAGCAACAGCCCUGCGCACCGUGCUGGGCCACCACCUCUCCUGUCUGCCUGGUUACCUGUUGAGUUGCGCAGAGAGCGUGGCCAACCAGUCGGAGACCAAGCCGAUCCCCGACUGCCUGCGCUGGCUCUUCACCCCGUUGGGCAGGCAGUUCUUCCUGAGUUGUGAUUGGUCGGUGAAGUCGGAGAGCAGCGACGGGGUGUACACUUCUCAGAGAGACCCGACUGACCCCAUCGCCCAGCUGCACCGCUGCUUCUGCAGGAAGCUUUUGGAGAGAGCCGUUCACACUCUCAUCCAGCCGCAGAGCGACUCUGAAGCGGGCAAACACAACAGCGACUCCGGGGAGUUCUCCAGCGCCUUGGAGUUCCUCCAGCUGUUAAACAGCUGUACGGAGGACUCUCCGUCCCCUCCUCCUCCCUUCUCGACUCCUCCCAAUCACACCACCACUCCAGUGAAAGACCCAGUGAGUCGUUGGUGGGCUUUGGUCCUGAAGGCCACCGUGCAUUGGCUGCAGGGCGAUGAUGUCGCCGUGAGGUCACUGUUGGCAGAAGCGGAGCGGAUGCCGAGGGCUCUACACACUCUUGACCACCCUCUGCCCAAAGCUGUGCUGCUGCUUUGCAAGGCGGUCCAGAUGAGCCUGCCUCCUCUGAAGGGAGAGGGCGCGAUAACCUACCUGUCCCACUGCGACAGAGCCAGCGGCUACCUGCGCUCCAGCAUCUCGGUGCCCGUCGCCCAGACCGGGAACUGGCUGAACAAGGGGGUGGAGCUGCUGAUCUGUGACCUGCUGCUUACCUUGAGGACCAGUUUGUGGCAGCGGGGAGGCAGCAGUAAUGGGGAACCUGGCCCGGCCCCUGGAUCCCAGUUGGCUGGUUUCCAGAGGGACCUCAGCGCGCUCCGAAAGCUCACGCAGUGCUACAGACAGGCGCAACACAAGGUGUUUCUCCAUGAGACCACAGUGAGGCUGAUGGCUGGAGCCAGCCCCACAAGGACACACCAGCUGUUGGAGCACAACCUCCGACGCAGGACACACAACUCCUACACAGCCGGUGACUGCGUCCUGGGUGAGAGGGAGCGGGCACAUGCCAUCCUGCUGGCCUGCCGCCACCUGCCCAUGCCCCUGCUAACCCCGCCCGGGCAUCGCGCCCGCCUGCUGGCCGAGGCCAAGCGCACCCUGGAGCGGGUGGGAGACCGUCGCUCCCUGCAGGACUGCCAGCAGAUCGUGCUGCGUCUCAGCGGGGGCACAACCAUCGCUGCCUCCUGAACACACACACACACACACACGCAUUAGGGCUACUCACAAUACUACAAACUCCGUAAUUUACCAUCGUACAUACAAAGAUAUAAACCAGGCUACUCAUCCACCAACAACAUUUAAGACUUUUCUGUCCUGCUUUUGUCACACACAGACAGCUGAUUUUGAACUGUCUCUGUAUCCACACUGCAGGCUUAACAUUAGCUCCUCUCUGAUGCUUAGUUUCACUGUUGCAGCACAAUCAUGCCACCUUCUGGCCGUUAAGGGUACCAUGCUGGCUUACUGCCUCACUUGUAACAAAACGCUACACAACAAGGAAAAUCAGGUUAAAUGGGGCCCAAAGGGAAAAGGGACCAUUAUCUAAUAGCUGUUUUAAAUUAACGCAAUGCAGCAGCGCAUCGAUUGGCUGUAGGAUACCGAGCUGUACGAUCAUUAUUGGCAACACGGCGAUGUGCGUGCUGCAACGACUCUAAUGACUUGGGCGCUUCGGUUAAGGGGCGUCGGGAGUGUUUGAGAGUAGACGGCCGAGAGUCUGUUGAGCACGGCUGUGCUGUGGGAUGCAGACGGGUAGAUUUAGCUCGCUUUCAAACACGCAGCGCUGAGUAGUGUCUCUUUCUUAUCUACCUCAUACACUGUACAUUCUACUGUGGAGCAAAAUUGCUGAAGCACCGCGUCGGUUAUCCUGAAUAUGAAACAAGUGACCGUUUGAAGUGAGGCUUCAAUCCAGUGCAGCGGCAUUCUAAUAACAACCUCGCUGAGCGGCUUUCUUUAGACUUUAGGAUGCAGCAGUAAGGUUGCUUUAGGAAUUUGAUUUGCAGCUACAGAAACCCGCCAGAGCUUGACAGUCACACAAGAACCAGGGAAAAAAAGAUUUUUCACAGACACACACUCACACGGAUGCUUCUACAUAUUCAAUAUUAAAUUAAUUGCAUUCAAACUCACAAUGUGAUUGUAUAUAGGUUGUACAUAUGCAGACAAACAGGAGGAGAUUAAACGGGAAGUCCGUACUUCUGCUUGAGAGGACACACAUGGUCAAGAAAGAGCUGUAAUCAUGUCAAAGUUGUAACGGUUUCCUGUCAGAAGCUCUGACCGGGAGAGCGAGGUCAGCUGCCUCACAGUGAUACUCCAACCGAACAUCUUUUUACUAUCGAACUCUCACGUGUUUUGGCCUCAAAGCAGGGGGGAAAAAAAGCAUCCAAACAUCCUUAAAAGUGCCUGCAGACCAUCCUUGUACGCCGCCUUUCGAGUCCACAGGCGGCGAGCGUCAGAAGCUCUAGAUGCUGGCUGGCGUAUCACUUGAGGAUAUAUAUCUGAGUGAAAAAGAGGCCGAACGCAGCGAUAAAAGUGAAGUUAUUUUUUUGGAAGUGAUGUCCACCUUUUGAUGUAAAGCUCUCAAGCAAAAUGGCCUUGACGUGAUGUAAAGAAUUAUUUUAUUAUGUUUCAUCACAUGUGAAAUGAUGGAGGAGUUGUAUCUUUGAGAGAUCUUUGUCCAAUUCGCUUUUUCUUUUCUAAUUGUUGACUUACACACGAGAAG